ACAAUCAUAACUGACACACCGGCCGUAUGGUUUCCAUUUGAAGUCAAUGUGACAACAGGUAUUAUUAAAAUUCGUCACGCAUUAGGUUAUGAACAUGAAACGAAUUAUCGAUUCAAUGUCCGUGCACGAGAUAAUGGACCGGAUGCAAUUAAUGUUUAUACCCAAAUUCAAAUUGAUAUUUUGUAUGUCAAUAAUUUUAAGAUGAUUUUAUCAUUGAUAGAAUCUUUAUCACUCACACUUAAAUGA